UUCAGACUAAUAUUCAUAGAGAAAACACACUGAGCAUGGAGCCCCUCUCCACAAAAUGUGAACUGUUAUACAUGCCUGUUUGCUUGCUCUCCCGUGAAUUUUUAUCUGCUCCUGGAGGAGAGUCAUGGACAGGUAAACAUGGCUCCUGGGGCAGACCCUUUCCUCUGAGACCCAGAGACAGACAACUUGGAAUGAUUUGUUUGUCUACACAGUUCUUUUUGCUUUUGUUCACUGCUGCCCGCUCCUACUUUCCUUCCUGCUGCUCAUACAGGGUGUGUGCCCACAGAGGGGAGGAGGGUUGGGCACAGCUUGUGCACCACACAACCUGGCUAUGUGGUUGAGCUUCACGCCUGGGAACGCUGUCUUUGCUGGCCCAUGAAAGGGUUUGGCAUGGUGGUUUGCUUCCUGUGCCCAGGAAGGAGUGGACUGUAAUCCCUGAGGAUUGUUGGUGAGUUUGGGGUAGACUCAGUAAAGGCCACAGAUGCUCCUGAGUUCUGGAAGAAGAUGGACUGUUACAUGGGAACUAAGAGUUCUGGCUUUCACAGGAGUCAAUCUGUUUGUGGCUUGGCAGUCCUGAUAGUUGGUUGUGGAGCUGCCAGCCCUGUUUUCGCUUCAUGAUGCAUCCAUGGAUGGAGCAAGGAAGUCACAGCUGACUGUCUAGUACUGGCCCAUAUCCCUGUUUGGGAUCAAAAUUCAUUUGAGUUUCUCUUUUCUGACACCCUGCAAAUUAGAGUUCCCUUUUGGGUCAAGGCCCCUAGCAUUGGCUAGCUCAUUUUACUCUAGGCUACACCCAAACUCUAGGAGAGGCUCCUUUGUGCUGAGGACCUCUGAAUCCAUGGGGGUUUGGCUGUCUUUUACAUCUGGCAUGCACGGAGCUCUACUAUGUCAGGGCUUCUCCUCUGAGGCCUGACCUAUCUGUGUGUAUGUCCUCCUCCUCCAUGCACCAGCUUCUCUGGAGAUGAAAGUGGAGGGUGAAGCCAGGCUCCUCAGUAAGGGUGGGAUGGGGACACUUGGGUUUAUAGUCUGGCAUGUUCAGGGAAGUCCUUGACACCACCCUCCCCUUCAUCUGAUCUGGCUACAAGGCUCAGGUUCUCUUGAAGAAAGACUGUUCAGGUAUUGGACCUUUGGCCAUGGAUGACAGAUACAUAUGGAGCACCUUCUGCUCCAUCAUUGCUCAGCUCACAGAGGAGAGCCAGCCACUGUUUGAGACUACACUCAAGUCCCGGGCUGUGUCUGAGGAUAGCGACGUCAGGUUCACCUGCAUCGUCACAGGAUACCCAGAGCCAGAGGUGACCUGGUACAAGGAUGACAUGGAACUGGACCGAUACUGUGGCUUGCCAAAAUACGAGAUCACUCAUCAAGGCAACCGUCACACACUGCAGUUAUACAGGUGCCAAGAAGAAGAUGCUGCUAUCUAUCAGGCCUCUGCCCGAAACACCAAGGGCAUUGUGUCCUGCUCAGGAGUCCUGGAGGUAGGCACGAUGACUGAGUACAAGAUCCAUCAGCGCUGGUUUGCCAAGUUGAAGCGUAAGGCCGCAGCCAAGAUGCGGGAAAUUGAGCAGAGCUGGAAGCAUGGAAAGGAGGUUGCAGGCGAGGCUGACACACUGCGCAAGAUCAGCCCAGACCGCUUCCAACGAAAGCGGCGACUAAGUGGGGCAGAGGUGCCGGUCCCCUCAGCACCAGCUACAGAGGCUGAGGAAGGGUCUUCUGCAGCUUGGCAGGAAGGAGAGAUUGAGUCUCCUCAGCACCCAAGUUUGGGCCUGAUCAAUAGUUUUGCUUCUGGAGAGGUGCCUACCAAUGGGGAGCCAACUCCUGAGAACGGGGAGGAUGGGGAGCAUGGCCUGUUGGCAUACAUAUGUGAGGCUGUGGAGCUGGGGUCCCAGAGAAGCCCCCAAAAAGAGCCUGGGGCUAAGAAGAAAAGGAAAGAUGAGGAAUCUAAGCUGGGUCUGCGGGAGCCAGAGUUAGAGAAGAGAGACCGAAGCCAGUGCUCUUCAGAAAAUAGUGUCGUCAGCUCAGACAAGUCUGAUUCUGGUGGAACACAGGGUUGCAUGGACACGCAGCCUGUUCAGAACCGGCCUGGGUUCAGGUCAGCACAGGGGCCUGUGUCUUCUGGAAUAGAAAGAACCAGGAAGCCAGCCUCUGCUAUGGACACUCAAAACAAGGCCCAGAUUGCUCCAGCUCCAGCCUCAGCCUUUGUCCCAGGCACUGUCUCAGACCAGGAGGUUUAUUUCUCCCUGAAGGACAUGUACAUGGAGAGCACCCAGGCAGGCAGGGCCCAGGGAGAAGAGAAACCCCCAUCCCCAAGUGCCAGAGGCCCUAGAGAGAGUUCUUCAGGCAAGGCACCCAUCAAGCCUGGAGGUGAAGGAGUCUCUGGUCAGCCCAUACCUUCCAUGGUCCCCCAGCCCAAUAGGCUUUUCAACAGGAAGAGAUUUGCCCCGCCGAAGCCCAAAGAGGAGCCCAGUACCAUCUCUUCUACAAGUCAGGCUCUAGGACCUGCAGCCCAGAACUUAGGGAAGGCCCCACAUCAGGCCUCUGUCCAGGUUCCAACACCCCCUGCCCGCCGGCGACACAGCACCCGUGACAGCCCCUUGCAGGGGCGAACAGGCCACAGGACUCCAGGGGAGGUUCAAGAGUCUCAGGCAGCCAUGGUUACCACUGUAUCUACCAGCAGCAGCUCUCAUACAACAGACUCUGUUGGUUGCAGCAUCUCUGAAAAACAAAGUGUCAUCGAGCCCAUGGAUACAGAAACUCAAGAAGAUAGGAGAACUGGAGGCAGAAAGAAUAUAUGGGCAGAAGGAAGGACCCCAGGAGACAGAGCACCAGCAGCCCAGGAGACACAGGCAGAUAGAAAGAUACAGGUGGACAUUGGGACACAAGAAAGUGAGAGUCCACAGUCAGACAGGAGUUUACAGAAGGAUGUGGUAACACACAGAAGGAUGAACAAGGAGGUAGGAUGCACACAGGCAGAUGAGAGGCUGAAGGAGGGUAGGAAAGUGCAGGAAGAUGAGAGGAUGCAGGAAGACAUGAGAGACACAAGGAUGCAAGAAGAAAAGGAGACACAGUUGGAGGGCAGCAUGCUCAUGGCUUUCAAAGACCAAUCAGAGAAGCAGCCUGUGACCGGCCUCAGGCCACCACCCAGAGUUCCCAAACUCCCACCAUCAGAGUGUUCUAGAUCUCCGCAAGUUAUGGAACAUUUGGUGCAGAGCCCAGAAGCAUCUUGUGACUUAGAAAAGCCUGGUUUCAUGCUUAGAUCUGAGGAACCAGCAAUAACUGCCUUCAGAAACCAGGAGAACUCUGUACUAGAUCCCCUGACAGACAAUCUUGUGUGCCUAGCACAGCUGCCACCUGAGGGGAACUUGGAACAAGUAAGAGGAGAAGCAUGCCAAAGGCCAGAGUGGGCAGGCCAGGUGAAGGCCAAGCCAGAGAAGAACGUAUUCCAGUGCCCCAAGGAGGAGCAGCCCAGGGAGAUGCUAUCUGUGGGUUUGCAUGGUGGCCCUUCAGCUAGCCUGAACCAGGAGGUGCCCACCUUUUCCCCCUCUCUUACUGGAACUAGCCUGACCAGUAGCCCACAGGAGGGGCUACAAAACACCCCAACUUCUCAGCACAUAAGUGCAGAUGCCUUUCUGCCCUCUAAGGACCAGGCCAUGCUGAGUUCAGCUCCUACACUGCACCUGGGGCCAGGGCCUCCUACUCAGAGUUUCACAUCAGAAACCAUGGCCACAAGCAGUGAAGGUGCCUGUGCCAAGAAAUCAGAUAUGGAGGGACGGUCCCCAGCUCCCCGAAGCUGUGACCCCGGCCUCAUAGAUUCCCUAAAGAACUACUUGCUUCUGCUGUUAAAGCUGUCCAGCACUGAGACAAGUGAAGCCAGGGCAGAGUCCCAGGCAGGAGCUGACGCUGAAGGCCUAGCACCCUCCUCCACUUUGGCACCUACUGUUGAAGUGGCAGGGCUGAGUCCCCGGACAUCAAGGCGCAUCCUGGAGCGUGUAGAGAACAAUCAUCUGGUACAGAGUGCACAGAGCCUGCUCCUGAGUCCCUGCACCUCCCGCCGCCUUACUGGCCUCCUGGACCGUGAGGUGCAGGCUGGCAGACAGGCCCUGGCUGCUACCCAAAGCUCCCAGAAUUCUGGCUCCAGCCUCCUGCCAACCCCCCUCACUGUUCCUGCCAUUGUGGUAGGUGAGGAGGGAUCCAGUGGUGAGGGAGAGGAUUCCCAAAAGGGGGCCUUCCAGGAUUGCUGCACAGGUGGGCUGUUGGAAGAAGUAGGUGGGCAGGCAGUGAAGAACAGAACACAGGAACCCUGCCAAGAGGAGGAGGUCCCAGGGGAGGCUUUGAUGGGUAUCCCUGCAGCUACACCUGAGGAACUGGCUCUGGGGGCCCGGAGGAAAAGAUUUCUCCCUAAGGUCAGAGCAACAGCAGAUGGGGAGGUAACCAAACCUGAAGAAAGGGAGAGUCCCACAGUUUCUCCCCGGGGUUCCAGGAAGAGCCUGGUGCCUGGGUCUCCUGGGACUCUAGGGAGGGAGAGGCGUUCCCCUACCCAGGGCAGAAAGAUCAGCACGCUGGAGGUACCCCGGGUAGAGGACCAGCCCACAGCAGGAGACCUGGGCUCCGGCUCCAAGGCCAGUGGACUGGAUUCUGAACCUGUCCUGGAUGAAGGCAAGCAGGAAGCUCUGGCCAAGCCCAGGAAAGCCAAAGACUUGCUCACAGCCCCACAGGUGAUCCGGAAGAUUCGGGUGGAACAGUUUCCAGAUGCCUCUGGUAGCCUGAAGCUGUGGUGCCAGUUUUUCAACAUUGUUAGUGACUCAGUCUUGACAUGGGCCAAGGAUCAGCACCCAGUGGGUGAGGUGGGCAGGAGUGCAGGGGAUGAGGGGCCAGCAGCCUUGGCCAUCGUGCAGGCGUCCCCCGUGGACUGUGGUGUGUAUCGAUGUACCAUCCACAAUGAGCAUGGCUCGGCCUCCACUGACUUCUGCCUCAGUCCUGAGGUGUUGUCUGCCUUCAUCUCCAGGGAAGAAGGUGAAGUUGGAGAAGAGAUUGAGAUGACCCCCAUGGUGUUUGCUAAGGGUCUGGCUGAUUCUGGAUGCUGGGGGGACAAGCUUUUUGGGCGACUGGUGAGCGAGGAGCUCCGAGGGGGUGGACAUAGGAGUGGCCUUCGGAAGGCCUCCCAGGCUAAAGUCAUCUAUGGGCUGGAACCCAUCUUCGAAUCCGGUUGCACAUGCAUCAUCAAGGUAUCCAGCCUGCUUGUGUUUGGACCCAGCAGUGAGACAUCUCUCCUGGGCCGAAACUACGAUGUUACAAUCCAGGGGUGCAAAAUUCAGAACAUGAGCCGAGAGUAUUGCAAAAUCUUUGCUGCUGAAGCCCGGGCAGCAUCUGCCUUUGGGGAGGUGCCUGAGAUCAUCCCACUCUAUCUGAUCUACCGCCCUGCAAACAAUAUCCCAUAUGCCACCCUGGAGGAGGACCUGGGCAAGCCCCUGGAGUCUUACUGUUCUCGGGAAUGGGGCUGUGCUGGGACUCCAUCAGCAUCUAGCAGCUCAGAGGCCAUGCAGAAAUGCCAAACCUUCCAGCACUGGCUGUAUCAAUGGACAAAUGGCAGCUUCCUUGUCACAGAUUUGGCAGGGGUUGACUGGAAGAUGACUGAUGUGCAGAUUGCUACCAAACUGAAAGGAUACCAAGGCCUCAAGGAGAGUUGUUUCCCUGCUUUGCUGGACCAGUUUGUCUCCUCACAUCAGUGCAACACCUACUGUGAGAUGCUGGGGCUGAAACCCCUCAAGGGCCCUGAGGCUACCCAUCCUCAACUCAAGGCCAAAGGCUCCAAGAGUCCAUCUUCUGGCAGGAAGGGCUCCCAGCUGAGUCCUCAACCCCAGAAAAAAGGUGUUCCCAGUCCUCAGGGUACCCGGAAGAGUGCUUCAAGCUCCAAGGCCACUCCUCAGGCCCCAGAGGCAGUUGCUGUCCAGUUAUUAGGACAGCUUCCCACCCCAGAGGGAAGCUCCAAGGCCCAGGGCAUGCGGUAGCCCCAACAUGAGGCUGGGGUCUCCAACCAGCAACAGACCAACUAAGAAGCAUCUUGAACCACAUGGAGACGUUCUCAAUACAGAACUAACCAGAGAUGGUGCCCAGAGGAGAUACCUCUCAGGGACCUCUCUGAGUAGCUUCUCAUUGGAAGGCUUUGGGCAUGGCACAUGGUCCCCUGGCCACCCUUGGUGCCAUUGUCACCCAGGGAUCCUGGCCUGGUGGGCCCGACCUCCAAGUGCCUGGUGGCCUAGACCCUCAUUGAAGUUUACACUUGCCACUGUUAGAGGCUCCCUGAGUCCUCUGCAUGAGUUCUACACUCUGAUCCCUUUCCCUAUCCACCCUGUAGCAAAUGUGGUAGUCUGUGGGCCUGUGGGCCAGCUUUUGCUUUUUCACCCCUGCUUGUCCUUGCUGUCUCCCUGUCUUCAGGGCUUCAGACUUCCUGUUGGGUCUAGCCUGUGACUCUCAGGGUAUCAUCUCUUUCCAGCUACUUUGCCUUAUUCAUCACAGCUUAUCCUGCAACUAACCUGCCCCUGUGUCCAGAUGGAGCACUUUGUAUCCUUGUGCAGUGAUCUUUGAUGCUGUGUGUUCCUGUCACUCAGGCACUUACUUGUUCCUAUGGUCCCUUGCACCCCACCUCCACCUGAGGCUUUGAACCCAGUUUCAAUCUGCUGCCAACCCUUCACCAGCUCUUUGCUUGCCCCUUUGUCUAAGGGCUCCUUUAGUCCUGACCUGCACACUCCACUCACUGAUGCUCAGGUGAGGAACAGACCCUCUGGCCUCUCAUUCCACCCCAGUGCACUCUUCAGUACUUCUCAAAGUUCUUUGCUCGUGAGGUGAGAGCUGGCAGAAGGGCAUAUGAGUAUCUGUUAGCCAGAGGGAGGGUGUUGACUUUGAACUAUGCUCUAUGCUAAAAGGAGUGGGAUUAUAGUCACUGCCACAGUUCCCUCUCAAAAUAAUGGAGGGUCAGGAUUUUUCCUCAUGGGGCAGUACUCAAGGAUAUUCUAGUAGUGUUGUAACUCAUUCACAUGCUUGGGCACAGUGGUGUCUCUGUUCUACCCCCCAACCAAUAACUUAAUCCUAGGGCUUUCAUCUGGGCCCUCGUGUAUGGGUUCCUAAAGAAUUUUUGUGCUGUACCUAGCAUCCUGGGUCUUUCCUGGAAUCCCUCCUUGAGACCUUGGAUGGAGUAAACUGCUCCCGUUGCAAUAAAGGCAGCAACUGUGUCCUA